GCGACGUAAACAGACAUCACAGUCGGCGUUCACUCGGCGUGGAAAAACAACAACACGAUAAGCAGCAUGGAGAAGAAAGUUCUUACUGAGACGGCGAAAUAUUUGGGACUGGGGAAGGUGAAGAUUGGGACAGAUGAAACUAAGAUUACAGUUGAGGUUGGAGGGAAAAAAACAGCAGGAUUCGUUUGUGGAUUACUGAGUCUUGUAAGAAAGGAGAAAGCUACCUUAGAGGGAUCAACAUUUUUGGAAAAGAGUCUCACCCACAAUUGGCUAACAUACUGUGCCACUGACCUCUUCCACUGUCCAACUUAUGAGGCCUUUUAUUCAUGUUUGAAGCACAUUGAUAGACAGCUUGCCAACCGAGCAUUCUUCUGCGGCAAUUUACUAACCAUUGCUGAUGUGGCAGUAUUUGUUGCCUUGCAUCCAUUUAUUAUUAACUGGUCUUUCCAGCAGAAGGAACAGCAUGUCAACAUUUCUCGAUGGUUUGACUCCAUGCAGAGUGACACGUACCUCAGCAAAACCUACUCAAAUGUCAAGUUUUCCCGCACUCUGCUUUAUGACGGAACUGGUAGAGGUCACUGAUAAUAGCCUUGCAUUAGCUACAUUGAAAGUUUAUUUCCUAUGUAAAGCUAAUGAUUGGUAUACACUGUUUCCUACUAAAUGAUACAUGAAUGA